AGUCAAUUAUAGCCAAUAGGUAAACUUCAUCGUGUGAUUGAUCUUUGGUUGCAUAAAUCUAUCCUCAAUUUGGUCAAGAGGUAAGGAUGAAGCUCGAGUAAGUGCGAGAAGCUCCAGUGAGCAUCUUGAUAAGAAUACCAAUCCUGAACGAAAGUCACCGAGUUGACACUUAAAGUUUGGAGCUUCUAUCGCAAGGCAGUUACGUAUAAGUACACAGUUGGUCGUCAUUUCUACCAGAUCCUCAAGGCUCAAACCGUCUAGACGAUGUACUGUUUGUGAAAAGAAAAUAUACUUCGCCGCGAAAGUUGUCGCAAACGAAGCUUCAAAUUUACCCCGCAUUCCCUACUGCAUCCAGCUCUUGAAGCUUUUCACGAACUCGUUUUGAGAGGCUUUGGAGGAGAGAAAGUAUUUCGCACAAAGGAAUGACUCGAGGUGCUGAAAGAAAUGACAUAAUGUACAAUUCAUGACGAAAAUCAUCGCACUUUAUAUCUUGUAUUCGAAUACUCGGCACAAGAAUUGAGAGCGUUCUGGAAGACAAUUUUUCAAAACUUCAUUCUGCACACAAAUCCGAUUUUUAAGACUACCUUGGAUGCUAUUUUGGACAUCACACACCAAUUGACACAUUGAACCUUUAUUGCCUGCCUAGAAUCACUAUCAAGAUGGUUUUGGUAUCUACUCUAUUUAUUGUCUCGAUGGCUUCACUUUCCAUAGCUCAGUCAAACAUGGUACCCAUAACAUGGUCCUCCAUUGUUUAUACGUAUUAUGGGGAAAUCACUCCUACGAUGAUCAAUGCCACUUCUCCUGUUCUUACACCUCUGGGGGCUAGUCAACUCUAUAACUCGGGAUCUAUCAUUCGCGAUCGUUACCUAAAUUCUACCUCAACACAACUCACUCUUGGACUACCCGUCAACGGCCUAAGUGAUCAAUAUAUUGUCAAUAAUCAAUUACAAGUAUGGACUACUAGUGAUGAGUAUAUUGUUGGGAGUGCGCAAGCUUUCAUGCAAGGGCUUUAUCCCCCCGUGACGGGAGUACAAGGAACAGAUAGUAUUCUAGCCAAUGGCACCGUCAUCGACUAUCCCCUAGGUGGUUAUCAGUAUCCCAAUAUUCAAUCGCUGAGUUCAAUGGAUUAUAAUUAUAUUUGGAUUGCGGGGAAUGACCAAUGUAGGACCUACGACAUUGCAACAAAAUUUACGAAGACAUCCCCAAGUUCAACCUCUAUGAUGGCUAGCACUGAUGAGUUUUAUCUCUCUCUUGCGAACACCUUCUUCGCCGGUAUCGAUAGCUCUUUGCUUAAUUAUGGCAACGCAAUCAACCUUUAUUACUAUGCACUUUACCAAUAUAAUCACAAUAGCUCUAUUUAUGAUAUGACCAAUUCAUUCGGUCUUCUGGAGACUUUGAAUGGUUUUGCAUCAGAACAGGCUAUCUCUUUUAAUUCGCCUAGCACGGGAUCCAGUAUUCAAUAUAUAGCAGGUCAAACUUUUGCCUCCAAAAUUAUUCAACAAUUUCAACAGACUAUUUCGAGUUCUGGGGUCAGCGACAAAUUGUCUCUUUACUUUGGUUCCUACGAACCAAUGUUAGCGUUCUUUUACCUCUCGUCCCUCUCUACCUCAGAUCUCACCAGAAAACGUUUCUCUAGAUUGCCAGAAUAUGGAAGCAUGAUGGCCUUUGAGCUUUUUAGUUAUGUUGAAGAAGCGCAAUAUAAUUCAUCCAACUCAUUCCCAGAAGCGAGUGAAUUAUGGGUCAGGUUCUUAUUCAGAAACGGAACCUCAAACACCGACCCUUUGAUAUCUUAUCCCCUAUUCAAUCUCGGCAAUUCGGAAAUCGACAUGAAGUACAAUGAUUUUGUCACAGAAAUUGGAAAGUUUGCCAUCAAUGAUUUGAACGCCUGGUGCAGUUCCUGUGCCUCUAUCUCAUUAUUCUGCGCGGCCAUUCUCAGUAACGAGUCUUCUAAUCUCACUUCAAACAACACUAAAACAUUUCGUUCAAAAGGUGUCAACGGUGUAGUUGGUGGCAUUAUUGGAGCAGUUGUUACAUUGGUGGUUGUGAUGCUCAUUGCAUCGAUUCUUGCGAUCUUUGGGUUCAGAAUGCACCAUCGUGAGAAGAUAAUUCCUAACGCCGCUGGGGGUGUUGGGAUUCUAAAACGAGGCUCAUCCGCGGGCGGAGGAGGGUUCAAAGGUCCCGAGAAACUCGCAUCUGAUACAGAUCUUAACAUAGUCAAAGGACCUGGUGUUGGUGCUACCACGAAACAUGAAAGAGUCGGCAGCUGGGAGAUGGGCAAUGCACCUAACAAUAAUGCCAACAGUGGCGAAGGAGCUAUUGGAUUGAGACAGGAAAGAGUAGUGAGCACUGCGGAUUACAAUAGGAGAAGCGAAGAUGGAAUCGGAAACCAUGAUCCUUGGGGAAAGGGUGUCCAGGGUGAGGACUAUGUUUAAUUUAUGGCAGUGUUUUGUGUAUCCCAGUCAUGAGAGACCUUGUUCUGUAUUACAUUUACCUUUGCCAAAUGGUGUUUGAGGCAUCUUGAUUAUAAAGGUGAACUUGACAGUAGGCAUAGAUAAAGAAAUAACCAUGGUCGUCUGAUCAUAGUCAGGAAAAUUCCCAUCUAUUCGUACAUAUACAGCCGCUAGUU